UGAUGUAAAGAUAAAAGAGAGGAGUCUUGGUUUCCAAUUUACAGAAUAAUGGGGAAGAAGAGGCCACAACCUCCACUUCACCUUCAUCACCUUCUUUUUGCAUUUCUCUUCUGCUGCAGUUUCUCCGUUCUCUGUUUCUCAAACGCAAAGAAUGAACCAGUGGGAUAUGGUUACAGAGUCCGAUCGGUGAGCUUUGAUCCAUCCGGCAAGUCGUUGACCGCCCAUCUUGACCUCAUCAAAACUUCCCCCGUUUUCGGCCCCGACGUUUGGAAUCUCAAUCUUGUUGCCAGUUUGGAAACGAAUGAUCGUCUCCGAAUUCGAAUCACCGAUUCCGAGCACCAAAGAUGGGAAAUCCCCCAAGAAAUCCUUCCCCGUCACACCCAACUCCACCGCCGAGUGCUCCCGCAAAACCCCAUCUCGCCGGAAGACGACCACAACUCGCCGGAAAACAACAUAGUCUCCGAUCCCAAGUCAGACCUCGUCUUCACGCUCCGCAAAACCACCCCAUUCGGAUUUAUCGUCAGCCGUCGCUCCACCGGCGACAUCCUCUUCGACGCCUCAUCGGACAUUUCAGACGCUGGCACCUUCCUGGUAUUCAAGGACCAGUAUCUCCAGGUCUCCUCAGCCCUCCCCAUCCUCCGCUCCUCCCUUUACGGCCUGGGAGAGCACACCAAGAAGACUUUCAAGCUCGCCCAAAACCAAACGUUGACGCUUUGGAACGCCGACAUCGGCAGCGCCAACCUCGAUGUGAAUCUGUAUGGGUCUCACCCCUUCUACAUGGACGUCAGGCUGACGGACAACCGCGGCAAAGUUCCGAUGGGGACGACACACGGUGUUCUGCUGCUGAACAGUAAUGGCAUGGACAUCGUGUAUACUGGUGAUCGAAUAACCUACAAAGCAAUUGGAGGAGUUCUCGAUUUUUACUUUUUCGCCGGACCUACGCCGGAGAUGGUGAUGCAGCAGUAUACAGAACUCAUCGGCCGGCCGGCACCAAUGCCAUACUGGUCGUUUGGUAGGUUGCUUGUCUUGGCUGCAGGAUUUCACCAGUGCAGAUAUGGGUACAUGAACGUUUCUGAUGUUGGGGGUGUGGUUGCUGGUUAUGCCAAAGCUGGUAUCCCCCUCGAAGUUAUGUGGACAGAUAUUGAUUAUAUGGAUGCAUAUAAGGAUUUUACUCUUGAUCCCAUCAACUUUCCUUUGGACAAGAUGAAGAAAUUGGUUGAUACACUUCACCAAAAUGGUCAGAAAUAUGUGCUCAUUUUGGAUCCUGGUAUCAGCGUCAACAAGACAUACGGAACCUACAAAAGAGGAAUGGAAGCUGAUAUCUUCAUAAAACGUGAUGGUAUCCCCUACCUGGGUAGUGUUUGGCCGGGGCCAGUCUACUUUCCUGAUUUUGUUAAUCCAGCCACUGAGAUCUUUUGGGCUGGUGAGAUCAAAAUAUUUCGAGAUAGUCUUCCCAUUGACGGCCUUUGGCUUGACAUGAAUGAGCUAUCUAAUUUCAUAACAUCACCUCCCACCCCAUCAUCCACCCUUGACGACCCUCCCUACAAGAUUAACAAUGUAGGUGUUCGUAGGCCCAUUAAUAAUAAUACUGUUCCAGCCACAUCUCUACACUUUGGUAACAUUACAGAGUACAACGCUCACAACCUUUAUGGACACUUAGAAUCCAAAGCCACCAAUGCGGCCUUAACCAAAUUGACGGGUAAAAGACCAUUUAUACUGACCAGAUCAACUUUUGUGGGCUCUGGAAAGUAUGCUGCCCAUUGGACUGGAGACAAUGCUGCCACAUGGGAUGAUUUGGCUUACUCCAUCCCAGCAGUUUUAAAUUUUGGGCUGUUCGGAAUUCCAAUGGUUGGAGCGGACAUAUGUGGUUUUGCCGGCAACACAAAUGAAGAGCUCUGCAGGCGAUGGAUCCAGUUAGGGGCGUUCUACCCCUUUGCAAGGGACCACUCAGACAAGUUCACAAUUCGCCAGGAGCUUUACCUGUGGGACUCGGUUGCUGCAACAGCCAAGAAGGUGCUGGGGCUCCGCUACCGCCUGCUUCCCUACUUUUACACGUUAAUGUACGAAGCCCACACAAAAGGGGUCCCCAUUGCCCGACCCCUUUUCUUUUCAUUCCCUCAGGACCCCGAAACUUAUGGAAUCAACUCACAGUUUUUGAUCGGUAAAGGUGUAAUGGUCUCGCCAGUGUUGAAGCCUGGAGAAGUCUCAGUCAAAGCAUACUUCCCAUCAGGAAACUGGUUCGACCUCUUCAAUUACUCCAAUGCAGUGAGUGCAGGUUCAGGGAAGUAUACCACUCUCGAUGCACCACCAGAUCAUAUAAAUGUUCAUGUUAGAGAAGGGAAUAUAUUGGCAAUGCAGGGAGAAGCCAUGACAACAAAAGCAGCUCGGAAGACUCCAUUCCAGCUCUUGGUGGUUCUGAGCAGCAGUGGAAUCAGCACUGGUGAAGUUUUCUUGGAUGAUGGCGAAGAAGUUGAGAUGGGCGGGGAUGGAAAAAACUGGAGCCUGGUGAAGUUCUACGCCAGGGUGGAAGAUAAGAAGGCAAUUGUUGGAUCAGAGGUGAUGAAUGGAGGCUUUGCUCUAAGUCAGCAAUGGAUCAUAGAUAGGGUGACUUUGAUCGGCUUAACCAAGGCCCAGGCCAAGAGGUUUAAAGGAUUCGAGGUAUGCACAAAUGUGGGAACAAAAACACUUGGAGACUCUAUGUUGAAAGUAGAUUUGGAUGGCAACAGAAAAUUUGUUGUCAUGGAGACUGAAAAACUCUCUCUCCCAAUCGGAAAGGAGUUUGAAUUAAAGCUAAACCUCUCUUACUGAGGAAAGAGUUCUGCUUAAGAACAAUUAUUAUCAGUAAGCGGCUAUUGUCUGCAAAAUGAUAUCAAUAAAUAACGAUUUUGAGAUUACAACAA